AUGACAACCAAUGUUGAGUUAGCUGAUGUCGAAAUUCGAUGUAUUCCAGAUAAUCCACAUGCUAUUUCUGGCGUCUUAAAUACAAAAAAGGUUCGUUUCGACAUUGAAACAAGAAGCAAAGGAGAAACAACCAAACGAACACCACUGAAUUUAGUACUUAUUCUUGAUCGUAGCGGAUCCAUGGAAUCAGACAAUAAAUUAACGUUUGCAAAAAAAGCUGUGAUUUCGGUUCUUAAUCUUCUUCACGAUGAUGAUGUCGUUCAUCUUGUUGCAUAUGAUGCUGAUGUAUCUAUCAUCUUUGAAAAUGCACGAGCAUAUUCUCGUCAGUAUCUUUAUCCUCUUGUAGACAAAAUUCAAAGUGCUGGUUCAACAAACAUGUCUGGUGGUAUUGAUGUAGGUGCUGGCCUCCUGGAUAAAUAUGUAUAUAAUGGAUUUUCGCGUCGUAUGUUUCUCUUUUCUGAUGGACAGGCUAAUGUUGGAAUGAAAACAUGCCCUGAAUUAACAAAUCUCGUCGCUGGAUAUCAUACUAAAGGCAUUAUAACUGACUCAUUUGGGAUUGGCGCUGACUUUGAUAGCGUCAUUAUGAAAGGUAUUGCUGAUGCUGGUGGAUCAAGAUUUUACUUUCUUUCAUCGCCUGAAAUGAUUGAAUUCCUUGUUACUAAAGCACUUGUCUGUGUAUUUGGUGUAUGUGCAUCACGAGCUCGUCUUAUAGUACGUGGAAAAAAUGGAGCCGUUGUUACGAAGAUAUGGGGUCAUGAAGAUAUUGUUGCUGGUGCAAGUCUUGGUGAUCUCCAUUCAGAUAAUCUACGAUCAGUUCUUUGUGAAUUUACAACUUCUGGAUCAGCAAAUACUGAAGUUGAAGUACUUACAUAUGAAUUACGAUAUAAUCAACCAAAUGAUCUCAAUGGUGCACCGACAGCGAUAAAAAAUACUUUAUCAUUAAAGUUUGUAGAAGAUGAGUCACUUAUUAUGGACCUUGAUCCUCGUGUGAAAACUAUGUAUGCUACUCAAAUAGUUGCUGAUAUGGAUAAGAAAAUUGCACAGUUAGUGAACGAUGGCCACAGAAAAGAAGCUAUUGUUCUUGUUGAUGAACAAAUUGCAUUACUUAAAGAUGUUGAACAAUUUGAUGAUCAGCGAGGAAUAAUUUCGUUGUUACUUCGAAUGGCUGAACAUAUGAAGAAUAAACUUAAAGAUGAAACAGUCGACAGAAAAAUUAUUUCUAAAGGAUAUGAACAUCACGCUUUCUUAAAGGAAGAUUGUGACUGUGAAGAUAUGGGUUUUGGUCUAUUUGAUUAA